AUGGGAGCGGCCCCUUCUCAGCAGCUGCACCCCCUCCUAUCACUGCCCUGCCUCUCGCCCCUUCCCCGCUCGGUGCCGGUGACUCCCCCCUUCCCGAGCCGGUGCCGGGUGACCCUCGGGGAAGCCGGGCAGACCGGGGGUCGCCCCCUUGCCAGUCCCGAGGAGCCGUCCCUGCCCCGCCGGUACUUGGCGGCUCGCUCGCCGGGGGGCGCCAUAGCGGGCCGGGCCGGGCCGAUCCGAUCUGAGCCGGGCUGGGCCGGGCCGGGGCGCUGGGCGGUUGCGGGGCCGGGCCAGGGGAGGGACAGAGGGAGUCCCUCUGCGGCGGCCCCGGCGGGAACAGCGCAGUCGGCUGGGCCGACCCCUCGGAACCGGGGUGUGUGUUCGGGAAGGGGGGCAGCUCCAGCCCUCGGCAUGGAUCCCGCCGAUGCCCGCGGCCCCGCUGCCCGGCGGGCGAGCGCUUUGCCUCGGCUGCUGCUGUCCGCCGCCGCACGGGCGCUGCUGUGGUUGGGUCCCGUGUACCUGGCCGGGUACCUGGGGCUGAGCGGCUCCUGGCUCCUGCUGGGGCUGGCGCUGUGGCUCUGCUGGGGACACAACCGGCGCUGGAAGCGGGACCGGCUGGCUGCCGCCUUCGCGCUGCUGGAGGACGAGCGGGAGGCGGUGUGCCAGGGCCUGGCCGCCCGGCAUCUGCCGGCUUGGGUUCACUUCCCUGAUGUUGAACGAGUGGAGUGGCUGAACAAGAUCCUUGUACAAGCUUGGCCAUACUUUGGGACAAUCAUGGAAAAAACAUUUAAAGAAGUUGUUGAACCAAAAAUCAGAGCAAAGAAUGUCCAUCUGAAGACAUGCACCUUUACCAAAAUCAACUUUGGCGAGAAGUGCCCUAGAAUCAAUGGAAUAAAAGCCUACACCAAAGAAAUUGAUAGAAGACAAAUUACCCUCGACCUUCAGAUAUGUUACAUAGGGGACUGUGAGAUCCACAUGGACAUAUCAAAAUUUAACCUUGGAGUGAAAGGCGUGCAGUUGUAUGGAACGCUGCGGGUGAUACUGGAACCUCUUCUAAGUGAUCCACCUUUUGUUGGAGCAGUGACCUUGUUUUUUAUGCAGAAACCACACUUGGAAAUCAACUGGGCAGGAAUGAGCAACCUCCUGGACGUCCCAGGGAUUAGUGUAAUGUCAGACUCACUAAUUCAAGACUUCAUUGCUGCACGGCUGGUUCUACCAAACAGGAUCACAGUGCCUCUGAAGAAGAACAUGAACAUUGCCCACUUGAGGUUCCCCAUCCCACAUGGAGUAAUAAGGGUUCAUUUGCUAGAAGCUGAAAACCUUGUCCAGAAGGACAGUUUCCUUGGUGCCAUCAGGGGGAAGUCUGACCCCUACGCUCUCCUUCGCCUUGGCACGGUGCAGCAUCGGAGCAAGACAGUUUCCCGAGAUCUUAAUCCCAUUUGGAAUGAGACUUUUGAGUUUGUUGUUCAUGAAGUUCAUGGUCAGGACUUAGAAGUGGAUUUGUAUGAUGAAGAUCCAGAUAAGGAUGACUUUAUGGGCAGCUUGGUUAUAAACCUGUUGGAUGUCAGGAAUGACAGAACUGUUGAUGAGUGGUUUCCCUUAAGUAAGACAACAAGUGGACAUUUGCAUUUAAAGCUGGAGUGGCUUUCACUAGUAAAUGACCAAGAAAAGUUACAUGAGGACAAGAAGGGUCUGCCUACAGCCAUUCUGAUAGUCUACUUGGAAAGUGCCUUCAACCUUCCUAAAAACCACUUUGAGUAUUCGAAUGGUGAAUGUGGAGCAAAGAAGAUAAAAAAUAACAAGUACCUCAAGAAGACAGAACGAGAACCUUCCUCCUUUGUUCUGCUCACAGUAGGAAACAAGACUCAGAAAAGCAAGACCUGCAAUUUCAGCAAAGAUCCCACAUGGGGCCAGGCUUUCACCUUCUUUGUCCACAAUGCUCAUUCCCAGUCACUGCACGUUGAGAUAAAAGACAAAGAUCGGGAUACUGCCCUGGGAACUUCAGUGAUCUGUCUCUCCCACUUACUUAAGGACCCAAACAUGACUCUGGAUCAGAGAUUUCAGCUGGAUCAUUCCAGUGCAGACAGCUUCAUUAAGAUGAACCUUGUGUUGAGGGCCUUAAAUGCUGAAGAACCCAAUCCACAAAGAACCAAGGCUGGUGUCAAUGCCUCAAAGCAAGGUCCUGUGCGUGUCAUGGAGAAGGGUGCAAACCAGCAGAAAUCUGUCUCCCCACCAAACUCAGAGGUCUCAAAAAUCCCUUCUGUGAGCAAAGACACCACAGCGCUUGAAUCCCUGCCAAAAAAGGACAGCAGAGAAGACUUGGACACAAAUGAUAAAGCAGCAGCACCUGUACCAAGUGAAAAUCUUGCUGGGCCUAACGAGACAGAGCGUGAGCAAAACCCAGAGCAUGUCCCAUCAUCAGUGCUGCACACCACAGCUGCAGUAGUGCCCACGCUGCCAAACAUACAGGAACUGAGGCUUGCACCCAGUGUUACUUCACUGGGUUCUCUGCCUUCUUCUUGCUUUGAAUUAAGUAGCAGCAAUCUGGACCUUCCUAACGGGACCGAGAUGCCCCUGGGAGAGAUUCAGCUGACGGUGCGGUACGCGUCCAUACGGCAGAGCCUGGUGGUGCUGGUGAAUGCCUGCAGAAACUUAGUACCCUCUUCAAAUCGUGGAGUAGAUCCGUAUGUUCGUAUAUACCUGCUUCCAGACAGAAGAUGGGCAAGCAGGAAGAAGACUUCAGUUAAGAAAAAAACUCUGAACCCCCAAUAUGAUGAGAAGUUUGAAUUUUUUGAAUCUUUGGAAGAUGUCAAGAAAAGAACACUAGACAUUGCAGUGAAAAACAGCAGGCCGUUCAUUUCACAGGAAAGGAAGGAGCUGGGGAAAGUGCGGAUUGACUUGUCACAGGAGGAUUUAAUAAAAGGUUUUGCACAGUGGUAUGAGCUGACAAGGAGUAGGCGCAAGAAAAUCUGA